AUGUCAACAACAGCCACAAUGGGUGAAAUGGCAAACAGCGCAGUGGAGUUCUAUCCCAAAGGGACUCGAGGCGGGGGCGGAGGAGGAGGAAGGGCAGAUGGCAGCCAUGCUGGGGGAGACUUCAGGGUCACGGUGAAGGAGCUGAGGGAGCUGAUGGAGCUCAGAGGGACCGAUGCCCUGCAGAAGAUCCAGGACAGCUAUGGAGACACUGAGGGACUCUGCCAGAGACUACAGUCCAGCACCACUGAUGGUCUCAGUGGGGAUCCAGCAGACCUGGAGCGUCGGUGUCAAACGUUUGGCCAAAACUUCAUCCCUCCGAAGAAGGCCAAGACUUUCCUGGAGCUCGUGUGGGAGGCCUUACAGGAUGUCACACUCAUCAUCUUGGAGGCUGCUGCCAUCAUCUCCCUCGGCCUCUCUUUCUACCAGCCUCCUGGAAAGGAAAGCGAAUCAUGUGGGAACGUGUCAGGUGGAGAGGAGGAAGAAGAAGGUGACACUGGCUGGAUUGAAGGUGCGGCCAUCCUGCUGUCCGUUGUGUGUGUCGUCCUGGUUACGGCGUUUAACGACUGGUCCAAAGAGAAACAGUUCCGGGGUCUCCAGAGUCGGAUCGAGCAAGAACAGAAGUUCACCGUUGUGCGGAAAGGAAAUGUCAUCCAGAUUCCUGUGGCUGACAUGGUGGUGGGGGACGUGGCCCAGGUCAAAUAUGGGGACCUGCUGCCAGCUGAUGGUAUCUUGGUCCAAGCCAACGACCUGAAGAUAGAUGAGAGCUCUCUUACAGGAGAGUCUGACCAUGUACGCAAGUCUGUGGACAAGGACCCCAUGCUGCUCUCAGGUACCCAUGUGAUGGAGGGCUCUGGCAAGAUGCUGGUCACAGCUGUAGGUGUCAACUCUCAGACGGGCAUCAUUUUCACCCUGCUGGGUGCUGGAGAGAUGGAGGAAGAUGGGAAGGAAAAGAAAGGAAAGCAACCUGAUGGAGCUGUGGAGAACAAUCAGAACAAAGCCAAGAAACAGGAUGGGGGUGUUGCCAUGGAGAUGCAACCCCUGAAGAGUGCAGAGGGAGGGGAGGUAGAGGACAGAGAGAAGAAGAAAACCAAUGUUCCGAAGAAAGAGAAGAGUGUGUUGCAGGGCAAGCUCACCAAACUGGCUGUUCAAAUUGGCAAAGCAGGUUUGGUGAUGUCGGCCAUCACUGUCAUCAUUUUGGUGCUGUAUUUUGUCAUCAACACGUUUGUCGUUGAAGGUCAUACAUGGUUGACAGAGUGCACUCCGGUCUACAUCCAGUACUUUGUCAAAUUCUUCAUCAUUGGAGUCACUGUGCUGGUAGUGGCUGUCCCAGAGGGCUUACCUCUCGCUGUCACCAUCUCUCUGGCUUACUCUGUCAAGAAAAUGAUGAAGGACAACAACCUUGUACGCCACCUGGAUGCGUGCGAGACCAUGGGCAAUGCCACAGCCAUUUGCUCUGACAAGACCGGCACCCUCACCACCAACCGCAUGACUGUGGUGCAGGCUUUUUUAGGUGAUGUGCACCACCGUGUGAUCCCGGACCCUGGACAGAUCAACCCCCGGACACUGGAUCUAUUAGUCAAUGCUAUUGCUAUCAACAGCGCCUACACGUCCAAGAUUUUACCACCUGAUGUGGAGGGAGGUCUGGCUAAGCAGGUGGGCAACAAGACGGAGUGUGGCCUGCUGGGAUUUGUAUUAGAUUUGCAGCAGGACUACGCCCCUGUAAGAGAGCAGAUCCCUGAGGAGAGACUGUACAAGGUGUAUACGUUCAACUCAGUGCGUAAAUCCAUGAGUACGGUGAUCAAGCUGCCUGACGGUUCCUUCCGCCUCUACAGCAAAGGCGCCUCUGAGAUCAUGCUGAAGAAGUGUUCCUACAUCUUAGAUGCCAAUGGAGAAGCACGCAGUUUCCGUCCACGUGACAGAGAUGAGAUGGUCAAACAGGUGAUUGAGCCGAUGGCAUGUGAGGGGUUGAGGACCAUCUGCAUUGCGUACCGUGACCUACCAUUCAAUCCAGAGCCAGAGUGGGAAAACGAGGCAGAAAUAGUGACAGAGCUGACCUGCAUAGCUGUGGUUGGGAUCGAGGACCCUGUGCGGCCUGAGGUGCCCGAUGCCAUCCGUAAAUGUCAGCGUGCAGGCAUCACGGUGCGGAUGGUGACUGGUGAUAACAUUAACACGGCCAGGGCCAUCGCUGCUAAAUGUGGUAUCAUCCACCCUGGGGAUGACUUCAUUUGUCUAGAGGGUAAAGACUUCAACCGACGAAUCAGGAACGAGAAAGGAGAGAUCGAACAGGAACGUAUUGACAAAAUCUGGCCCAAACUCCGCGUGCUGGCUCGGUCCUCUCCAACCGACAAGCACACGCUGGUCAAAGGCAUCAUCGACAGCAGCAUCCUGGAGCAGAGGCAGGUUGUCGCAGUAACAGGAGAUGGAACCAAUGACGGGCCAGCUUUGAAGAAAGCUGAUGUUGGCUUUGCCAUGGGUAUUGCGGGGACAGACGUGGCUAAAGAGGCAUCUGACAUCAUACUGACUGAUGACAACUUCAGCAGCAUUGUCAAGGCGGUGAUGUGGGGGCGAAAUGUCUACGAUAGCAUCUCCAAGUUCCUGCAGUUCCAGCUCACGGUCAAUGUAGUGGCUGUCAUCGUGGCCUUCACCGGGGCCUGCAUCACUCAGGACUCUCCUCUGAAGGCAGUGCAGAUGCUGUGGGUGAAUCUGAUCAUGGACACGUUUGCAUCUCUGGCCCUGGCCACCGAGCCCCCCACUGAGGCCCUGUUGCUACGAAAACCCUACGGCCGGAACAACCCGCUCAUCUCACUAACUAUGAUGAAGAACAUCCUAGGCCAUGGAGUUUAUCAGCUGGUUAUCAUCUUCACCCUCCUCUUCAUAGGUGAGCGAAUGUUUAACAUCGACAGUGGCCGCAACGCUCCGCUCCACUCCCCUCCCUCUGAGCACUACACCAUCAUCUUCAACACCUUUGUCCUCAUGCAGCUUUUUAACGAGAUCAAUGCACGCAAGAUCCACGGAGAGAGAAACGUCUUUGACGGAAUAUUUUCCAACCCCAUCUUCUGCACCAUCGUUUUGGGGACCUUUGCUGUUCAGAUCGUGAUUGUGCAGUGGGGAGGGAAGCCCUUCAGCUGUGCCCCUCUCAAUGUGGAGCAGUGGCUCUGGUGUCUGUUCGUGGGAGUUGGAGAGCUGCUCUGGGGGCAGGUGAUCGCCACGGUGCCGACGGAGCGUCUACCCUGCCUGAAGGAGGCGGGGCUGGGCCUGGAGCCCGGGGAGGAGGAAGGGGAGGAGCUAGCAGAGGAUGAGGAGGAGAUCGACUGCGCUGAGAGAGAGCUGCGCCGCGGACAGAUUCUCUGGUUCAGAGGCCUCAACCGCAUCCAGACCCAGAUGGAGGUAGUGAGCACGUUCAAGCGAAGCGGUUCGUUUCAGGGAGCGGUGAGACGGCGCUCCUCUGUGCUCAGUCAGCUCCACGACGUAAACACUAUCUCUACCCCCUCUCACGUAGCUCUCUCCACUGCAACAGCCAAUACCAGCCCAGCCCCCGGGAAUGCGAGUGGUGAAAGCAUUCCGUAG